GCUCCCUCGCCCCCCCAUAGCAGUUAGAAGUUUGGAAGUUUUUCUACUUGCCAAAAUGGCACUGGCAGACGACAGUGGUUACGAGUCAGUGAUAUGUGUAAAGCCAGAGGUUCAUGUGUACAAGAUCCCACCCCGUGCCACUAACCGUGGAUAUCGGUGAGUUUUUUUACGGACCCCACUUUGUUCAUUAACUUUCUUCUAACUACUCGUGUUAUUAGCUAGUUUGCUAACGCGUUAGCAAAUCAACCUGAAGUGGAAACUGGAGAUGAUCCAGGAAGACAAGGUUGUUGCUAGCUAACGUUAGCUUGAAAUUAUUCAAUUAUUGAAUGCAUAAAAUGGCGAGUAGAUUAAUAUUAUUUCUGGGAUAAAGUUUUUUAUUAAUUUGUUAGCUACCUAGGCAGCUAGUUAACUUUCAAUAUAUGCUAUAUGAGGUGGCACCGUUGUUUGGCUAGCUAUCUAGCAGCUAACUUGCUAGUUUCUAAAUUUACAUUUAAAUUUACAUCAUUUAGCAGACGCUCUUAUCCAGAGCGACUUACAAAUUGGUGCAUUCACCUUAUAGCCAGUGGGAUAACCACUUUACAAUGUUUGGUUUUUUUUGGGGGGGGGGGGGGGGGGGGGGGUAGAAGGAUUACUUUAUCCUAUCCCAGGUAUUCCUUAAUGAGGUGGGGUUUCAAAUGUCUCCGGAAGGUGGUGAGUGACUCCGCUGUCCUGGCGUCGUGAGGGAGCUUGUUCCACCAUUGGGGUGCCAGAGAAGCGAACAGUUUUGACUGGGCUGAGCGGGAACUGUGCUUCCGCAGAGGUAGGGGAGCCAGCAGGCCAGAGGUGGAUGAACGCAAUGCCCUCGUUUGGGUGUAGGGACUGAUCAGAGCCUGAAGGUACGGAGGUGCCGUUCCCCUCACAGCUCUGUAGGCAAGCACCAUGGUCUUGUAGCAGAUGCGAGCUUCAACUGGAAGCCAGUGGAGUGUGCGGAGGAGCAGGGUGACGUGAGAGAACUUGGGAAGGUUGAACACCAGACGGGCUGCGGCAUUCUGGAUGAGUUGUAGGGGUUUAAUGGCACAGGCAGGGAGCCCAGCCAUCAGCGAGUUGCAGUAAUCCAGACGGGAGAUGACAAGUCCCUGGAUUAGGACCUGUGCCGCUUCCUGUGUAAGGCAGGGUCGUACUCUCCGAAUGUUGUAGAGCAUGAACCUACAGGAUCGGGUCACCGCCUUGAUGUUAGCGGAGAACGACGGGGUGUUGUCCAGGGUCACGCCAAGGCUCUUCGCACUCUGGGAGGAGGACAACGGAGUUGUCAACCGUGAUGGCGAGAUCAUAGAACGGGCAGUCCUUCCCGGGAGGAAGAGCAGCUCCGUCUUGCCAAGGUUCAGCUUGAGGUGGUGAUCCGUCAUCCAUACUGAUAUGUCUGCCAGACAUGCAGAGAUGCGAUUCGCCACCUGGUUAUCAGAAGGGGGAAAGGAGAAGAUUAGUUGUGUGUCGUCUGCGUAGCAAUGAUAGGAGAGGCCAUGUGAGGAUAUGACAGAGCCAAGUGACUUGGUGUAUAGCGAGAAUAGGAGAGGGCCUAGAACUGAGCCCUGGGGGACACCAGUGGUGAGAGCACGUGGUGCGGAGACAGCUUCUCGCCACGCCACUUGGUAGGAGCGACCGGUCAGGUAGGACGCAAUCCAAGAGUGAGCCGCGCCGGAGAUGCCCAGCUCGGAGAGGGUGUAGCCAAAUAAUGCUAGCCAGGUCAGCUAAAUUACUAACUAGUGAACUAGCUAUAAUCCUGUAGGCUAGCUAGUAGUUAGACUGAGAUGGUUGAAAUAAGCACGACUGCUUUAUUUUCAAGCUGUGUACAAUGCUAAAUAAAUCGGGACUCCCUAAAACAUGCCACUUAGGUACAAGUGACUUUUCGUAGCAGGUUAGGAAAGCAUUUUCGCUAACCCAAACCCUUAAUAGAGAACCCAUAAAACCUAGCGGUCAAACAGGGAAAUGGUUCCAAUCGUUUUUACACCAUUAGUUUUUCCCAUUUUCCCCAUAAAAUAAGGGCUGUGUUUUGUAUAGGCUCACCAUGGCGUGACGUUUUGAUAACUAUGUAAAUCUCUCUAGGACAAGGUGAUUUAUCAAUAUAUUUGCCUGUAUUUUUUUAUUUGUUUCAUGAAAUGCUAAUUAGCUUCUAGUGUGGCUAUCAUAAAGAACUACAAAUGCCAUGAUGAUCUGGACAAGACUGCCAAAUCAAGGCAAAUAAAAUAAUCUCUGGAUUACAUUUUUGUCAUUUAGCAGACGCUCUUAUCCAGAGCGACUUACAGUUAGUGAAUACAUAUUUUUUUAUACUGGCCCCCCGUGGGAAUCGAACCCACAACCCUGGCGUUGCAAACGCCAUGCUCUAUCAACUGAGCUACAUCCCUGCCGGCCAUUCCCUCCCCUACCCUGGACGACGCUGGGCCAAUUGUGCGCCGCCCAUGAGUCUCCCGGUCGCGGCCGGCUGCGACAGAGCCUGGAUUCGAACCAGGAUCUCUAGUGGCACAGUUAGCACUGCCACUCAGGAGUCAAUGUUAGCUAAAUGUAGUAAUUAAUAAAUUGUCUAAAUGUCUUUAAAUGGAAAAUUCUGUGAAAUGUAUUGUGCAAGUUUUAAAUUGACACAAUACCUGUUAGCAAAGGUGUCAACUAGAGAUGAUGUGCAGGAGCUUGCAGGGAUUUGUAGUGUUAGUUAGUUAGCUAGUUAGCAUUUUCGAAUCUGAGAGUAAAUAGAGUUAAAUAUAUUGAUAAAAGUCACCUUUUCCGAGAGAGAUUUACAUGGUUAUUAAAACGUCACACCAGGGUAAGCCUACACAAAACACAGCCCUUAUUUUAAGUGUUUCUAAAAUCCCCUAUGGGAAAAACGAUUAGAACCAUUUCCUUGUUUGUCCGCUAGAUUUUAUGGGUAUUAUGACACCUCCACUGUGGGGCUCUUUGUCAAUACCUGGGAUGGCACACUUGCUUUAUAUCUGAAACAUUUGGGGCUUUACUGUUGGGACAAUUAAUGAAAACAGUUGGGUAAAACGCUCACACAUUGAAAUUAAUAAAAGUGUCUGUGUACUCUCUAAAGAAUAUAGAUCUAGCUAUAAUUGUAUUACAUAUUUUACAUAAGAACCAGAAUCGCUUUUCACUAGAAACACUUUCCCACCUUCCUCUGUAAUGUUACAUAACUGUACCACUAGUACCAACCAUGACUGACUGGCUGCAUGUUUGAGCCACCGUAGAAUGUCCUGUGCUCCCUGCUAACAUUUCCUGUCGAAUGAUUUGACAGAGCAGAUUUGUUUGAGGUUCCUUUAAAACAUGCCACUUCGAUACAGCUAAGGCUUUUUCAUAUCAGGUUAGGAUCAUUAACGAAGCAGGUUAUGUUAAUUAGGUUAAAGAGUUGCCCUAUUUCCCAGGGCAAAUGACCUCAGCGGUUGUGCAAGUUCAGCCUGCUCUGUGGUUGCUCCAUUGGGCAGGUGAUUUUUUUUAUUUCUCCUGAUAACCAAUAUACGAAGAAUUCCAGUAGGCUGGUCUUUUUGGUUCCUCCUCUGUGUGUGGGUGAAAAAAAAGCUACUUAACAUUUUCGUCCAAGUGAUCAGAAUCUUUGGGAAACCAAAAACGUAUCCUGAUUUGCCGGAUGGGUGUGUGCUUUUCAGACCUUAAUGUCAAUCCCUGCAUCCCAUGCUCUUUAGAAAGAGCAAGCUACUGAUGUUCUUUAUGUAGCCUAAGACUCCCAUUCUGAUGCAUGGUUUGAGAUUGCAAUAAUUAUUGCAUUACACAGUUUGACUAUGGGUUUUAGUAAGCCCAAAAGCCCUGGAGCAUAGUGGAGUCAUGACAUGCAGGAAUGGUGCUUCUCUUUCUUUUCCAGAGCUGCUGACUGGAAGCUGGAUGAGCCAGCAUGGACUGGCAGGAUGAAAAUCAUCUCCAUAGGAAAGCUUGUCUAUAUCAAGCUAGAGGACAAAAACUCAGGUAAGGUAACUACUAGCUGUCAGACUGUCAUGGCUACAUCUGUCAAUACUGCUGUUGCGCUCAUGUCUGUCACCUUGUCUGCUUCCAAUAUAUAUACCAUGAUUUCCAGCUUUGAGUCUAACUGAAUUCUGUAUUUCUUAGGAGAGUUGUUUGCCCAAGCCCCAGUGGAGCAGUAUCCUGGAUGUGUGGUGGAGGCAGUCACAGAUUCCAGCAGAUACUUUGUGGUGCGGAUAGAGGACGGCAAUGGUAAGAUGCCAUCACAAUCAGGAAGACACUAGCAGAAAUGCGUCACCAUGCAAACUGAUAUGCUGAAAAUAUCCAUUGUGGUAUCAAAGGUUAAUUGCAAUACAGUAUUCUAGCUUGUACAUCUGUCUUCUCAUGCACUUCUGUUUAUAAAGGACGACAUGCAUUUAUCGGCCUGGGAUUUGCUGAUCGUGGGGACUCCUUUGACUUCAAUGUGGCUCUUCAAGACCACUUCAAGUGAGUCAACCUCUCAUGUCUAUCCUCUCUUUGGUUUGGGCAUCAAUGUCCAUUUUCACAUUGGAACAUUAAAUACAAUCGAACAAAUCUAUCUGCCCCUUUUUCUACAGGUGGGUAAAACAGGAAGGUGAGCUGGCGAAAGAGGAAGCGUCUCAGAGCACAGCACCCAAACUGGACCUAGGCUUUAAAGACGGCCAGACUAUCAAGAUCAGCAUUGGGGUGAGCAUUGGAGGUUACAGCAAUAGAUGGGAGAAUGAGGAGAAACAAAAUGUGAUGAAGAAAAGGUGAUACAGACAUGCUAAGAAGGGAUGGACUUUUUAUUUGUCUUAGAACAUAAAGAAGAAGGAUCCAGGUGCCAAGUCUAAGCCUAUGGGUAGUGGCCUUCUCCUUCCUCCACCAAUGGCUAAGGGUGCAGUCCUUGUAUCCCCUCCUGGAGGCCAGCAAUCACCUCCACCUACACAGUCUAACACAGGUAACCUCAUUGGGCUAUAGAGCUCAAUGACCCAAUGUUCUAUUACCACUGCCCAAGCAAAUGUUAACAUGGAUAACCUGCCUGCAUUCUAAAUCGACUCUUUGUUUUUACCCCAGCCUCUCUUUUAGAUUUCGGCAGCCCGGUCCCUGCCGCCCAGCCCACUGCAGACCUGUGGGGAGACUUCACAGCAGCUGGCGCCAGGUCAGUCUUAGAAGAGCUAAUGGUUUAGACCAGAGAUUGGCAACUUUGAUGGGGUUGGGGGCCACAAAACAAUCAUAAUUCAUCAUGAGGGGCUGCAGUUGCUCGCGGUUCUGCGUACCUACACAGCUAAUUUCCUGCAAUUCUACACAUUUUGCCAUAGGGUGGAGGGAAAUGUUUGCAUAUAUCUGAGUGAGACUGCCUAACAAAAUAAAUGGGGGCCCCCAGAAGAUAAUUUGACUAUGAUAACAAGUUUAGAUAGCAAUCAAAAACAAUUUUGCCGACAUGGGCUAAUUGACUAUCAGUGACUAGAGAAAAAUUGCUGCUGCACAACCAAAUGUCGAAAUUGCACCUUGUGUAUUCUACUAUUCGAACUCGCAACAGUAAGUUGAGACCCCGACUGAGGAAGUUGGCAGGCCUUCUGCAUGGUGUUGUGGCAAGGGAAACUGACUAGAGAUCACAGGGUUACUAGCUCAAAUCCCUGAUGAGUUUAACUCUCUCAUCCCCUUGAGUGAAGCUUUUAAACAGUUUGAUGAUGGGGGGGGGGGGGGCUAUAUCAACAUCUUUUGUCAUCCAUCCAUGUUGUUGACCUUCUCACAUUUGUCAUUAUCCUCAUCAUCUUCUUUGCAUCUCCCCCUCCACAGCUCCAGUCAAGACACUGCUAAAGGAUGGGUGCAGUUUUAGCUGUGAGAUGGACCACACAUCCACACACCCUCUUUCUCACACACCCCUACACACACACACACACUCAGGCUCCUUACAUUCCCUGGACAGAAUGAUUGUGAGAAAUGAAAUGAGAGGUGGGGGAGCUCUGUCAACUGACAGGUUGCUUGACGCAAAUGAUGCUCUACAUUACAUACACAUUGUUUGCGUACCCAGAUGUAUAGAUUCAAACUGUCACAAGUCAGUGAUUGACCAGCACAUCCUUUUUAGAUACAAAGACUAUAUUACUAUUUUUAGAUACUUUAACUAUGCAGUCAGAAGUGACCCUUGAAUUUGUCAUUGAUCAAGUAUUGAUACCUCUUUUGCUGUCACUCUGACCAGGUGAAAAUUAUGUGCAUUCCAUGUUAAUGACACUUUGAGGUGGAGGUCCACUCAUCAUCUCUAUAUGUCCAUCCCUUUCAAUUUCUCUCCAUUUUACACAAAUCUGGAUGUCAACAACUCUGUCAACCUUUCCACUCUUAACCGUCAUCUCUGACCCUUCACCUUACACUACUCCUCACUCCUGCCCAGCACCGUUCAUCAUCUCGUUGAAUCAUCCAACAUGAUUAGGUGUAAAGUUUUGUAUUUGUAUGCAUUAUUUUACGUUGCUGAAGAGGGUGAAUAUAUCUUUUUUUUUUAUGUUCAAGUAUAACUUUUGUCCCUCUUAUUUGAGAGAAUAUGAAGGAUAGGUGUGUAUGUCUGUCUUUUCACAAGGUUGGGAGUUGAGUCUGCUUCAGUGUUGCUCUCCAACCUCCUUCAAACUGGUCUCUUGGCUUAAGAGAAAGUAUAGUAUCUGUUCAUAUCAGUCUGAUAUUUCGGGCCUUCAGUAUAGCAGCCAGAUCAAACCAAUGUCUAGUUUGGAUUUUGGUUAAUAUGAGGAGGUAGGUUGGAGAAAGGCAACAUUGAUCGUUUUUUAAAAAUGUGUUUACAUAGCAUAUCAUAAAUCUUUAGCUACCUUUCCUGUUCUUUUUUGUUGAGUGGCCUUUUUCAUCCCAUACUUUACCCUAGUAGUGCCUUUCAGCGAAUGGACAGUUAUUGAUGUUUUGGCUUUAAUUUGCGACAAAUAUAUGCUCAAAGUGCCUUUUACGCAAAUCAAAAUCACCUGUAUAAAAUGUAAAGCAACACUUUAUUGUAAAUAAACCAUUUGUUGUUCA